GAUUCCAGCAUCUGCAGUUCCCUUUGUCUCUCUUCUACACUAGUUGACUGGAAAGAGGGUAAGUCUAUUGUCUCAUUCAGAAGAUAGAAGAGUAUGUGCAGGAAUGACCACUAUUGGAAGGGCAUGUGAAGUGCACUUCUAAUGUUCACAAACCCACACCUUCAAUACAUACUGGGGUGCCCCAUCCAUACUUGUUUCUCACCUCUCUAAAGACCGCUUCUGACAAAGCAACAUUUGCUUGGUACUGCACCAGUGCCCAAGCCUCCAAGGAAUUAUUUGAAUCUACAAUUUUCCAGCUCAGAAAUGAGCAUUUCCCAAUGAUGGUAAUACCUGGCGGGUGGCCGCCUGCUGCCACGUUGAACGGAAGGCCCGGUUCACCGCUGUGAGCAAAGAUAAAACUGUUCGAUUAACUUUUUCUAACUUUGUCGGCACCAGAAAUGUGGCAACUCUUGUGUACUACUUAGGUUCAUCAUUGUUUCGGGGUAAAUUACUCUGCAGCUGGGGAAGAAAAGACUGCUGAUCCUUGCGAAGAUGAAGGGAUUUUUGGAGCUCCAAAAAAGGGAACACCCACCAGAAAAGACCACUGUGAAGAAAUGUGAUGUGUUGCAGAUUAAGGCCAUUCGUAAAGGCACCAAGAAACUUGAAGAUCCAAUUUCUGUAAGGAAGGGUAAAAGGAUGAUGCUAAACCCUCCUACGAAGGGUGGUAUGCCCGCUGUCAUGUUGUCCGCAGCCACAGAUUUAACUAUACUGUCCCGCGUGGGUUACUCAGCGAUCCCAAACUCGAUACAAACAGACUGGAGCAAUGAAAAUUUCCAGGGAAUUUCCAAAGAGAAUCUUCCUUUGCACAUUUCCAUGAUGCAUGAAAAGGAGAAGUGUGCAUUUCUGUUGGAGGAGCAGUCCGAGCAUAUCGCGGACAUCGAAGCUGAGUCUGCAAGAAAGGAUCUUCAGAUUGAAACGCUGCAGAACGAGAUUGAGCAUUUAUCAAUACAGCUCAAUCAAUCAGCUAUUGCCGACAUUUACAAUUCACAGGUACAUUCGAUGCAUGAGCACAUGCACAGGCAGUCGGAGUUGGACGUACUGAACGAGAUUAAAGGUGAGAGUAAACAGAAAGACCUGAUCAUCGCUGAUUUAAGGGACCAGAUUUGGCAACUGGGAUUGCAAAUCAGACUUCUGAGAGAUGACGUCAGCAUCGCCAUCCUGGACGUGGUGAAGGAUGAAGACUCGGGGAGGCAGCAGGAAUUUGAAGCAGUCGUCGAGCCUGCCACACCACCAGAGGGGAACGCAAGUGAGGAAAACAUUCAAGACGAAGAAAGAGCAUCGAGUGUUGGAGAAGAUGUGGUUGAUUAUACAGAGUCCCAAGUGCACAUCUCGUCUGAGCCAACCAAAUCCCCCAGCUCGGAAAAAUGGGCAGAUGAGGAGUUGUUGUCCCUCCCAACAGAUGAUGGGAAGGUGGAGAUGCUGCAGAUUAGGAAUGAGGAGCUGGAGAAGGCAGUGACAGAACUGGAAGAGAACUACAACAUGUCGACAGGGACAGUCAUAAUGCUGAACAGAAAAAUGUCACUAGCUGAAGAUAAGCUGAAGAACACAGAGGCGACAGUGGCAAGGCUGCAGAAGGAGCUGAGGGAGAGAUGUUCUCAGCUACAGGACAUGUCCAGCAAGUUUUCCAGUCUGCGGGAGGCAAAUAAUCAGCUUAGGGUGGUGACAGACCUGCAGAAUGAAAACGUCAGGCUCAGGGAGCUGGUGGUCAAACUGGAGGCAGGGUCAACGGAGCAAACGGAGGCAGUGGUGAAGCUGAGGGAGCAGACGGGAAACCUACAGCUUCGCUCCACUGUGGAAGAGGCAAGGACCAGGCAGCUACAGGAUGAGUACAACACCGUCAAGACAGAGAACCGUAACCUCCAACGCAACCUCCAGGAGCAUCAAGUGACCCUGCAAGCAACCAACACCAGGCUGGAAAGAUUCAUCAGUAGAAUUGUGCAAGUUAUCUACAGUGCACCUGGCGUUGAACAACCUAACAGAGAGAUCACCGAUGAUGAUACUCUUAAAGCAUUCAAGACAUUACUAGACGAACGGCUUGAAUUUUACGGACUAUUGAUUGCACAUGAAAUAGCGGUCCGCCCUCUCUUCUCCAGCACUGAUGAAUCCCAUAUGACUCUGUGACAUCUGUUACCAGAGGUACCCACCCCUCCCUCUCUCUCAAGCCCAACAUCGCAUUGGGUAUUAAUGAACUCGGAGCAACAAGAAAUAAGAAGAGAAUAAAAGGUGGCAUUUAUUUGAAACUUU